UUUGACAUUACAAUAUUGAAUUGAGAGAAGACAACGAUCAGCGCGAACCGGUUGAGACAGAGACACAGCUCGUAGUCGCACCUGCCCGCGCGCUCUGCUUGGGGACGAAACAGUUGCGGAUAGUACGCCCUCUUCAUUUCAUUCCGGUGCUUGGAUUCAUCACAGAUUUGCUUACCAUUUCAUCUCUAUCAAGCUUCGCGCUUUGUCACGUAUGUUUUAUUACUCCAUCCCGUAACAUAUAUUAACUCGACCACCUAAUCGGACAAUCUUGGUGUGUCAAUAUUCCUCGAAUCCAUUCAACUUGUUCAUUCCGCAAGCCGUCUUCUUUUUCUAAGUCGGUUCACACAUCCGCUAGAUUCCGUCUUCUUCAGGUUCGCAUCCAAUGCAGGCACCACUUCUCCUCCAACCACCACCUCUUCUUGCUCUUGCUCAGCAGCAACUUAAUCAGACGCGUCCUCGCGUUUCUCAACACUUCUUAUUUCACGACCUUUCCAGUCUCUUGGAUCCUCCUCAUCCCAUGACCGUAGAUAAUGAUCAUGAUUACUCCUCCCAGCCUACGGGAACAAACUACACCUACACAUCAUCCCGAACUCAGUUCGAUGAAGGCUCUCAUUCAGAUCCACAUAACUUGUAUGACGUAGCAUCGUCUUCUCAGACACCUCAACCAUAUACUUCACUUCCAAAUACUUCACCUACAUCUAAUUACACCUCCGUGUCCAAUACUCGCACUGCCGAAGAUAUAUCCUCAGUCAACGGAACUCGUUAUGUUUCAGGUUCCCCUUCUUCCGUUGAUGAUCAUCCGACCGCUUCAUUUCCUCAGCCAUACAGUGCUCCCCAUCACCAGCAUCAUUUUCCUACAUCGGCAUCUUCCUAUUCCCCACCGGAUAUGGUGCGUUACCCAAUUACGUCGAACCUUAGCUCCCGUGGAACCGAUAAAUACGCCCAUGCCCUCUUGGAACAACGCCGCAUGUCCGAGCCAGCCAUGUAUGGCAGCGCAAUAGGCGGUUAUUCCACGAGUUCUUCAACCGAUCUAGCCUCUGCGCGAUAUCAACAACUCCAGCACCACUACACGUCCUCACAAUCAUCCCCCAGAUUGUAUGGGAGCUACGCCUCAUCUCUUCAACGUACGCUAAGCUCAGGGUCUGUGCGUGAUCCACUCUCGGGAUCAUCGUGGAACAACAAAGAUCAACUUUCAUUACACUGUUACGACGGUGUCGACCUGGAAGAACCCAUAUCACCUCUUAACCCUAAUUUCUCGGGUGGCGAGGGCUCCCCAACAAUGGGUAUGCCCUACGGCAGCCUUUCCGAGGAAUAUGGUCCAUCACCGCCUGGUACGGGCACUUCCACAUCCUCCAACGGGGCCAGGCGGUUCGUUGACGCUUCAGGCUCGAGUUCUGACGGUAAACAAUACUCAUUCGUGGCCUUGCCUGGAAACGCAGUCAAGAAGCGUCCAAGGCGGCGUUACGACGAGAUUGAAAGACUUUAUCAAUGUUCAUGGCCUUCAUGCACCAAGGCAUACGGCACUCUAAACCACUUAAAUGCCCACGUCACGAUGCAGAAACAUGGUGUCAAGCGUAGUCCAAACGGUGAGUCUUCAACCUUUGCGUUUUACUUCGGUCGGGGUGUAUUCGGUACCUCACGAUGACAAUAACGACUUCUCGUCAUUAUUUAUAACCCUUGACACAAUUACUGACUGUCCACUUGCAGAAUUUAAAGAGCUUCGUAAACA